AUGGCAAAUAUAUUAAAGAAUAUUGGUGCAUCUCAGGCCGUUGCGAAUUUGUAUCUCAACGAUAGAUUGGCCGAUGUUCGCUUUCUAUUCGUUGUGGAUGGAAAAAGUGAAGAGGUUCCAGCAAAUCGAUCCGUUUUGGCCGCUCUCAGCUCUGUUUUUGAUAAGAUGUUCUACGGAAGUCUCAAAGAAGAAACAAAUGUGAAAAUUGUGGAUGCAAGCGCACAAGCAUUCAAGGAGUUUCUCCAGUUCUUCUAUUUAAGCGAAGUGUCCAUUGGCAUGAAUAACAUCGAAACCGUUGUCCGUUUGGCCGAUAAGUAUGAUAUUUUUGAAUAUAUCAAUACAUGCUCUACAUUGCUCCAAAGCCAAUUGAACGCGAACAAUUUGUGCUGGGGUUAUCAAUUGGCGUUAUCUAUCAAAAACCAAAAUUUAAUCGAAUUUUGUGAAAACGAAAUUAGUAAAUCACCGAAAGAAGUGUUUGCAUCUGAACCAUUCGAGCGCUGUGAUAGCGAUACAUUGGAAAAUAUUCUAAAACUGAACUUGACAUGUAAUGAGGCUGAUAUAUUGAAUGCUUGUAUAAAAUGGGCAAAAAAUGCAUGUCGACAAAAUGAUUUCGAUGAAAAUCAAGGGAAACAUUUAAAAAAUCAACUUGGCGAUUGUUUCAAAUUGAUCCGAUUUGGUACAAUGAAAAUGAAUGAAUUUACGGCAUUUGCAGUCACACACGAUGGAUUUUUUACUCCAGACGAAUUCAAAGAUAUCAUUUUCUCAAAAACCGUAGGAGGAUAUGAAUCGAAAAUAUUUAAUCAAAAUGCUCGACGCUAUAAAUGGAACGAAAAUAAAAUAUUAAAUUGUUAUCGGGAAAUUAAAUCAAGAGCAACCCGAAAUGUAGAAAGCACCGAAAUCCUUCGGUUUGUAUCAAAUAAAUUGUUUUUAUUGGGUGAAAUUUAUUCGGUAGAUACUUUUUAUACACAACAUGAUUUAGAUCUAAGGAAUUGUGAUGUAGAUGUAUGUAUCGCUGAAUUUUCUGAUCAAUCAUAUCCAGGGAAAAUUAUAUGCGAAGGUUCCAUAGCGAAAUCAUGGCAAUCUGGUCUUGCUAAUGAUCGACAAAAAGCAAAAAUGAUUUUACCGACUCCGGUUUUAAUUCAAGCCAAUUGUUUAUAUGAAAUUCGAUUGAAAUUAAAAUCAAAUAAAGAGUCUUAUUACAAAGCCAUGUGGACAAUGACAACAACCGAAAUGAAAAGUGGCCUCACAAUUGACUUUCAUCAAAGUCCAUCCGUUAACUAUGAUACAUCUUCAUGUGGUUGGAUCUCGCAAUUGGGUUUGAAUAUCAUUUAA